AUAGUGUUUUGUUUGGUUGGAGUAGUGAGGUGGGGUGGGAUUAGCUAACCCCACCCCCCAAAUUGAGUGUUUGGAAAUAACUUCGGGGUUAAGGGGUUAUUCCACCCCUUAACCCCGAACCAAAGGGAUGCUUAGGAAACUAGAGGGUACAAAUAUAAUCGACCUUUCUUUAACAGGAGGGAUCUGCAAUCGAUUUUAUUAACUUGUUUGUUGAGUAUAAGAUGGUAUAGCGGGAUAUAUGUCAGUGAAUUCUGGUACAAGCUGAAGAACCAACACCAGCAUCUGGUUUUUUUAGCUAAAUAACAGUACUCUUCAUGUGCAUAUUUCUGAAAGGAAGAACCAUGCCCAACAAAUCUUUUCUAGAGUGCCUGGAUCAGAUUCUAUAUUCUUCUUUUUAUUCCCAUUUAGGUGUACAUCGAACAUCAUUACAUUAUAACCAUAUAUUCAACUACAUAAAUUAGUUGGUAUACCUUCCAUGACAUUUCUUCUUUUUUACUCACAAAGUACUCGAGACAUUUUUCAUGAUCACACACAAUAAACAUCACUUCCACCAAUGAUCAACUCUUGAUGUUCCCACCCACCCUAUCAUCGUGGGCAUCCAGCUUCACCGGUAUUCCCAUCUGACCAAACUACCCUCCAUUAAUCUACCAUCCAAAAGGUUAACUCAGUAAAUUCGCAAAUACUAAUGUCAGAAUUCAGUUACCAAUUCAUGAGCUCAAGUCUAUCUCAGAGAAAAAAAAAAAAAAAGAAAAGAACUCAUGAGCCCAAGACCAUUGGAAGAUACAAAAGGCAGCAGGUCAUGCAUGGAUAGAAAUAGAACUAAUCAACAGUUGAGAAGGCAACAGGUAAGUUCCUCAACCGAGUGAAAACUCCAUCCCUUCUUUCUCAGUCUAUACUACCUCUAUCUUCAUGGAAAGAGAGAUAACUAUUUUCCCAUGAACUCAGAGAUGAAAGAAGCAAAGGAAGAAAGACUCGGCUUAUCAAUUGAACAUGAGACCAGCAUCUGGGAACUAUCCCAACUCUUGAACUCCUUGAUCUCCUCUAGCUACUCCGUCCGACGCUUCCCUGGUAAAUGGCAAUUGAUCCGAGACAAGCUCGAGCAGCUGACCUCUGGCUUAUGUGCAACUGCCGAUGUCAACAAUUUUGGCGACAAUCCUGCACUCUCUCUAUCUCUACAAUCACUUGUUUCAACAUUGAAUAACAUCCAAGUACUUAUUGAUCGAUGCAGCGAUGAAUCUUGUAGUGUUGGGAAGCUCCUUUUGAGGAGCGAUCUCGAUCUCAUCAGCUCCAAGCUAGACGUCCACAUCAAGCACUUAACAGAAAUAUGUGGUUCUGGGGUUCUUAUACAUAGCCAAGCAAUAGUCCCAGUAAGGCCUACUGCUGGUGCUACCCUAGACGAUAUGCGAUUCUAUCUGAAGGAUCUGUUCUUGAGGCUAAGGGUUGGGGACUCGGAUAUAAAAGCUCAGACCUUGGUUACUCUUCAUGAAGUUCUGUGCGAGGACGAGAAGUACAUAAAAAUUGUUGUGCUUGAAAAGGCUGAUUUUGUUAGCCUUCUCAUCAAUUUUCUUGAAUUUGGAGAUCUGAUCAUUCAAGAGGAGGCAGCUGGGGCCAUUUCACUGGUUGCGGAAUUCCGUUCAUACAGAGGAGUUCUAGUUACAGGUGGUGUUAUUGCCCCACUUCUUCGGGUUUUGGAGGUGGGAAGCAAAGUGGGGAAAGGAAAAGCAGCUCAAGCUUUGAGUAAUUUGACUGAGAAUUCGGACAAUGCAUGGUCGAUCUCUGCCCAUGGUGGUGUUACAGUACUGCUUAAAAUCUGCAGUAACGUUGGGAGCAGCAGUGACUUGAUUUCUUCAGCUUGUGGUGUAUUACGGAACCUUAGCAGAGUUGAGGAGAUAAAGAGGUUCAUGAUAGAAGAGGGAAUAGUUUCGAUUCUCGUAAAGCUCUUGGGACUGAAGGAAGAAGAGUGUCAGACUCGAGCAAUAAGAUUCUUGUAUGAAAUGGCUUUGGAGGAUGUUAGUUUCAAGCAAAUAGUAAUUAAUGCUGGGGUGCUUGAAUCACUCGUUCAUUUAUUAGAUCCUGAUUCUCCUUACUCAUUAAAGUCAAGAGAGGUUGCUCUCAGUGCUAUUGAAUUCUUCUACUUCUCUUCGACUACUUCGAUGAAUAUUUUGAUGGCCACUGCUUUCCUUGACUGGGUCCUUUUCUUUCUAAGAAAUGGUGAGAUUUCAAUCCAAGAAUCGGCAGUAAAAGCCGUGACUCAUCUUUGUAAGAUCUCUGAGGAGUACAAGAAGUCAAUGGGCAAAGCAGGGUUUAUGCCAGAGUUAGUAAGGUCGCUUGAAGCCAAAUCUUCCUUAGUCAGAGAAACUGCAGCCGAAGCACUCUGCAGUUUGAUCUCAAUUCAAUCAAAUCGUAAGGCUUUCAUUCAAGAUGACCACAAUGUCAACCAAGUCAUGCGAUUGCUUGAUCCAAACGAGGAGAAAUCAGCGACAACAAAGUGUUUUCUCUCUAUAUUGAUGUCCUUAACCGACAGCAACAGUGGAAGGAGAAAGAUCAUGGCUUCUGGGUAUAUUUGUCGUCUAGAAAAGUUAGCAGACUCUGGUAUUGUGGAUGCCAAGAAAAUCAUCAAGAAGCUUUCCGGUAACAGAUUUCGUAGCAUCCUGAAUGGAAUCUGGAGCCUGUGAGUUCUAUCCAUAGCUCAGAUCUGUAGUGCAUAUUUUGAGUUUUUUUCAAUUGUCUGCCAAUCCAUCAUUUGCUCCUUCUAAACUUGGCUUCUUUUUACCCUCAAAAGAUUUCUGUCAGCUUUCAGUGAAAUUUCCACGCUUCUUCCUACCAGUUUUGAGAAGCACAAAAGUACAGAUCUGCAUAUGUAUGUAUGAAUGUAUCUUUAAUAACAUUGUCCAUGUAAAACUAAUUAUGUGAUAUGUUGAAAGGGAAGCUAAGAAAACUAACAGGAAUUUUUUGCUUCUCUGGUUUAAUAAUCACCACGCCUUUUAUCAUAAA